AUGGCGUCCGCCUUGGAGAAUCUUGAAGCUCAAUUGGAGCUAUUUAUCGAGAAUGUACGACAAAUACGCAUUAUAGUGAGCGAUUUUCAACCUCAAGGGCAAAAUGUAUUAAAUCAGAAGAUUCAAGGCUUAGUCAAUGGCUUACAGGAAAUCGACAAGCUAAAGUCUCAGGUACAAGAUGUCCAUGUGCCACUGGAAGUAUUUGAUUAUAUUGACCAAGGGAGAAAUCCUCAAUUAUAUACCAAAGACUGUAUAGAAAAGGCUUUGACGAAAAAUGAACAAGUGAAAGGAAAAAUCGAUGCCUACAGAAAAUUCAAGGCAAAUAUGCUGGUGGAGUUGAAUCGAGUUUUCCCCAACGAAUUAGCCAAAUACAGAGCAAUUCGCGGAGAUGAAUAGGAUCAUCUAGUUUCAAGGACCAAGAUUUUGAUAGACGUAUGUCUCUGUGAACGCUGCCACACGAUAUAUAAUAUAUGUUCUUGG